AUGGGACUCUUCAGCUCUUCGCAAGCUUCUCUGCCCCCUCCAAAGAUUGGCGCAGAUGGUGCUCCCAUAGCACCGGACCGAAGCCAAAGAUCACAGUGUUGGGAAGCAAGAGAUGCAUACUUCAAGUGUCUGGAUAAGAAUGAAAUCAUUGAUAGCCUCACGGAGAACACCAAGGCCGAAAGGUCUUGCGGGUCUGAGGCAAGAGUAUUCGAACAAAAUUGUGCAACUAGUUGGGUUCAAUAUUUCAAGAAACGAAGAGUGAUGGAAUACCAGCGUGAACAAACAUUGCAAAAAUUAAAGGCUGAAGGGGCGCAAGAGAUGCCAGAAGUUAUAGGGGCAGGGGCACCUGGUCAAAAACCAUAA